UUGGUAGAUGAGAUGUACAAGUGUCAGUUUGAAUCAUUUAAAAGGGUAUAUAUUAUUAGUGUUGUCGCCCUUUUUCACUCACUCACCUGACCGAAAUCCAUUUCCAUUUUACAAAAAUGAGAGCUCCGGCCUUGUCAUUUUCCUCUUCGUUCUCGUCUUUUGUACUCCCAGGCUCCGCCAAGCAGGGUGAAAAGCAACCUGCUACUGCUGUGUGUCCAAUAUCCCAAUGGCGUUUCGGUGGCGCUCCUAAUGAUUACUGCCUCAAGAAAAAUGGUUGCCGAUGUAACUGCGACAAAGGUGACACUGCUGCUGGUGGUUGCCAUAAACUCGGCAGUAUUUUAACGAGGGAAAUGUUUGAGGAUAUGCUUCCGUAUAGAAACGAUACGCGUUGCCCUGCUGCUGGCUUCUACACCUAUGAAGCUUUCGUGGCCGCCGCAAUGUCGUAUCCUGCUUUUGCUACGACCGGCGAUGGUGCCACUCGCAUGAGGGAAGUUGCUGCUUUCUUCGGUCAAACCUCCCAUGAAACUACUGGUGGACCAGGGUGGAAUGCACCCGGUGGUCCAUAUGCAUGGGGAUACUGCUACAAUAAGGAAAUAAAGCCUAAAUCGGAUUAUUGCGAUCGGAGGAUUAAACAGUUCCCAUGUGCUCCUGGUCAGAAAUAUUAUGGUCGAGGUCCCAUACAACUUUCUUGGAACUACAACUAUGGGAGAUUUGGAGCGUCCAUAGGGCAGCAAAAGCAGCUGUUAGAAAACCCCGACCUGCUAUUAACCGAUGCCGCAUUGUCCUUCCGGUCUGCAUUAUGGUUCUGGAUGACUCCGCAAGGGAUAAAGCCUUCUUGUCACGAUGUGAUAGUAGGAGCCUGGAUGCCUUCGGCUAGUGACGAGGCGGUCGGUCGACUUCCGGGAUAUGGAUUGAUCACAAAUAUCAUCAAUGGCGGUCAAUGUGGUCGGGGACGGAAUACAUCAGGAGAAGAUAGGAUCGGGUUUUAUAAGAGGUACUGUGACAUGUUUGGAGUUAGCUAUGGUGAUUAUCUUGACUGUUACAAUCAGAGGAACUUUGGAAAAGUAUUUGUUGAUGACAUGUCACUGAAAAUGAAAUCAAUUUAA